ACUCUGUUCUUGAAAAGAAGUAAAAUUAGUCUUAAUUUAUCAAAGAUCGAGAUCGGGGGAAUCGGGAGACAUUGGCUCAGCAUCAUUAUUUGUUUAUUCAACGUCAAGAUUUAAUUCUAUCACAUUGGUUGGUGAUUUUGCUUGAAUUUAUUUUAUUCACUGCCACAUUAAAAACAUAACAGCUUGACAAUGAGCUGUAUAAGGUGCUGUUUGUAUAAUACAAGAUCUCUAGUAUCAGCGAAUCAUGUUACGAAUCACGUGCAAAAAAUAGUACGAGUUGUAGCAGCAAGAUCAUUGUCGACGACUUGUGUAUUGUCUAAAGCGCCUAGUGAACCAACACCACCUAAUAAAGAUAUUGGCACUACAGCAGGUAGUGGAAAUGGAAAUGGCAAAGGAGGUGGAGGCGGUGGAGGGAAAAAAAAUACAUUAACAUGCCCAAAGUGUGGGGAUCCUUGUACACAUGUUGAAACGUUCGUAUCGUCAACGAGAUUCGUAAAAUGCGAAAAGUGUUCCCAUUUCUUUGUGGUAUUGUCAGAAAUUGACUCAAAAAGAAGUCUUAAAGAAACAUCAAGAGGUGAUGACCCUAAACAAGGAUUUUACAGGAAACCUCCACCACCUCCAAAAAAAAUAUUUGAAUACUUGAACAAGCAUGUGAUAGGUCAAGAAUACGCUAAAAAAGUUUUGAGCGUAGCAGUGUACAAUCACUAUAAACGUAUUCACAAUAAUCUUCCACCUCAGAAUUCGGUGCAAGCCGGCUCUAAUCAAGUUGGACCCCAAGAACUCAACUAUCCAUUUACUCACAGAGGUCUUAAACCGCAUUUACUUCACGUGUCGAGCUUGGGAAAUCCAUUGAGUGUUGGUCUUCAACACCCGCCUGGUAGUACUGAUCAACAAAAAGUCAGUGGUAACCAAUCGGUCCCUGGUUCAGAUAUUUUAGACAGCACUCAACAUCAAUUGAAAUUAGAGAAGAGUAAUAUUCUUCUAUUAGGCCCUACUGGGUCAGGAAAAACUCUGUUAGCUCAAACAAUAGCUCAGUGUUUGGAUGUACCCUUUGCUAUUUGCGAUUGUACGACUCUCACUCAAGCUGGAUAUGUCGGUGAAGACAUCGAGAGUGUAAUAGCUAAAUUACUUCAAGAUGCAAACUAUAUUGUCGAAAGAGCUCAAAUGGGUAUUGUAUUUUUGGACGAGGUUGAUAAAAUUGGCGCAGUACCCGGAAUCCAUCAGUUACGUGACGUAGGUGGUGAAGGUGUACAACAGGGUAUGCUAAAAAUGUUGGAAGGUACUAUCGUCAAUGUACCGGAAAGAAAUAGUUCACGUAAAUUACGUGGUGAUACAUUACAAGUUGACACAACAAAUAUUCUGUUUGUUGCGUCCGGAGCUUACAAUGGCCUUGACAGGCUCGUGUCGCGACGUAAAAAUGAAAAAUAUCUUGGUUUUGGUGCUGCACCAGCAACUGAAAAUCCUGGUAGACGAGCAGCAUCAUUAGCUGAUGUUGCCAAUAUGUCACCAUCAACUGAAGAUGAUAAUAAAGAAAAAGAUAUUUUGCUAAGACAAGUUGAAGCACGAGAUCUUAUUGAUUUUGGAAUGAUUCCUGAGUUUGUUGGAAGGUUUCCUAUUUUGGUGCCUUUCCAUACGCUUGACAGAAAAAUGCUCGUAAGAAUUUUAACUGAACCCAGCAAUGCCAUGGUCCCACAGUAUCAAAUGCUGUUUUCAAUGGACAAGGUUGAUUUAACAUUUACAAAUGAAGCUCUUGAUGCAAUAGCGGCACUUGCAAUGGAUAGAAAAACAGGAGCAAGAGGACUUCGUGCUAUCAUGGAGUCACUUUUACUAGAGCCAAUGUUUGAUGUACCCGGUAGUGAUGUUUUGAGUGUACACGUUACUGAAGCAUCUGUUGGUGGUAAAGAUAAGCCUCAAUAUGUAAGAAGAGGUGACUCAACAACUGAAGAAGACCCUCAACAACAAGAACAACAAGCACAGCAUGUGAAUAAUUGAAAUUUACAGUAAGAGGUGUAAUGCCUCUUGUUAAAUAUUUUUUUUUUUUUUUUAAUUAAAUAAAGAUAUUUAAGAAAUUGUGCGCGUAAUUAUCGAAAUAAAAUUUUAAUUUCUAAAUAAAAAAUUAUAUUAUAAGAAUUUUUGACGCAAAUUCAAGCUUUGCGUAUUCCCGGUGUAUUUAUAUAUAUCAUUUAUAUAUUUAAUUUUAAUGGAGACCAAUUAUAUAUUUUUUUUUUUUUUAUUAUUAUUAUUAAUUGGUAUUAUUAAUAAAAAUUAAUAAAAAAUUAUUUGUACACGCGUCUAGAUAAAUGAUAAUUAUUUGUAAUAUAUUGUAAAUAGCAAUAGAAUCAUAAUAGAAUUUUAAAGAAAGUAUAUAAAAAAAAUAUUUCCAUAAUGUCAUCUAAAUUCAAUUAUUUCUUUUAAUUUUAAGGCUAUUCUCGGAUACUCAUAAAAAAAAAUUCUGAAAAGAUUCCACGUGUCAAAAUUUUUUGGAAUUUUUUUUACACUGCAGUGCCCCCACUUUUUAAAAAAUUUUCAAUGACUUUCAACUGUCGUAAACGUAUCAAAAUUUUAUCAAUUAAUAAAAAUAAAAAUUUAAAAUUAAUUGAAAAAAAGAAAACGCAAUUUCAAUUUCGCUGAUAUAAAUUUCUAAAAAAAUUACUUGGUAUUGUUAUCAAUAGUCAAUUAUAAUUUGAAUUUUAAAAUUUCAUUGACUAAAAUUUACUCAACAAAUUUCGUUUAACUCCUAAUUGAUAACUGUAUUUUUUUUAUUUUCUAUACCUCGGCGAAAUUUUCCUUUUUUAAUUAAUCCUUCAAUUUUUUAAAAUUAAGAUAAAAUUUUUAUCACGGUAUGAUGUUGAGUCAUAUUACAUAUUUUUAAAAAGUAGGGGAGUUUUAAAAACUGUCUGAGAAUGCUUUUAAUUUAAUUUAAAUAUAAAGUGACUUGAAUUCAAAAAUUAUAUAAAUUUAAAAUAUAAAAAAAAAUAUAAAAUGUAUAAAUAAGAUAAAAGAAUUAUCCAACAUUUUUUUUCUUUGUCGAAAAAAAUUAAAAAAAAUUGAUGUCAAAAAAUUAGAAAUAGUAGACGUGUUACUUAUUAUAUAUAUAUAUAGAAUAUAUAUGAUUAUAUUUGAAGUUUCACUGUGAUAUUAAAUACAAGGAAGUUAUCUUUUAUUUCAAUCAUCAGAACCGACUAAAAAAAUUAUUUAAUAAAUGAAAUUUCUAAUAGGUAUAUAAAGAAAUAUAAAACUACAUAACUUUAAG